AUGGCUUCCAGCCAUGCCUAUAACCUCCGGGUGCUGGUGGCCGUUGUGUGUGGGCUGCUGACUGCCGCUGUUUUGGGACUGGGCAUCUGGAGGCUUGUGAUCAGGAUCCAGAGAGGAACAGUUACCCCUACAUCAAGCACCCCUAUAGAGUUCUGCAAGAAUGGUGGAACCUGGCAAAAUGGCAGAUGCAUUUGUCCAGAAGAGUGGAAAGGACUGAGAUGUACAAUCAUUAAUUUCUGUGAAAACAGUACCUAUGGGAGUUUUACUUUUAACAGAAUUCCCGUGGGAAGAUAUGGAUCUUCCUUGCAAGUAUGUGACAAGAACACUGUAAAUGCGGGCAGUCCAUUGGCAAUUCGGCAGUGCAGUCUUGAAAAUGGAGAGAUAAAAUUACAAAAUGUGACGAUAGGAAAUUGUUAUCAAAAUCUGGAAACCCUGGAAAAGCAGAUUGUCAAUAUCUCAACACAGUCUCAAAAUAUUUCUAAUGAAGCCCAGAUUUUAACAUCGAAUGCCAGUAAAUUAACUCCUGAGGACAUCAUGUCUGCUACUAGAGUAGUCGGACAGAUUUUUAACACAUCCAGAAAUGCUUCAUCUGAGGCGAAAAAAGUUGCUGUGACAACAGUGAGUCAACUUCUAGAUGCUAGUGAAGAUGUUUUUCAGAGAGCUGCUACUACUGCUGAUAAUGAUGAUACCUUUGCAACGCUUAUUGGGCAAAUGGAGACUUAUUCCUUGUCUUUGGGUGACCAGCUGCUGGUAGAACCCAAUAUAGCAAUACGGUCAGUUAAUGUCUCUUCAGGAGGCGAGGAGGGGUCUACAGGUGUUCUCUUCACUGUACUGAAAGGAACUAGCAAUGCUCUGGCUCCUGAUUCCACAGUUGUAAAAGUAGGUGCAGAGAAACUGAAUCUCAAUGAACAGGCUGAACUUCAGAUUUUGCUCAACACCUCGAAAACUAAUGUCAAGGCAUGUGGCUUUGUAGUGUAUCAAAACAACAAGCUUUUCCAAUCAAAAACUUUUAUAACUAAAUCAGACUUUAGUCAAAAAAUUGUCUCAAGCAAAACAGAUGAAAACGUGGAAAAUCAGAGCGCCUCUGUUGAAAUGGUCUUUAGUCCAAGGUACAACCAAACAGAAUUCCAUUUUCAUUCCUAUGCCUGUGUCUAUUGGAAUUUUUCCAUGAAGGAUUGGGACACAUAUGGCUGUCACAAAGAGAAGCCCAUUAAUGGAUUUCUACGCUGCCACUGCAACCAUACUACUAACUUUGCUGUAUUGAUGAGUUUCAAAAAGGAAUAUAAAUAUCCUGAAUCACUAGAUGUAUUUUCCACAUUUGGAUGUGCACUGUCCAUUGCUGGUCUGGCUCUCACAAUUAUAUUUCAGAUCGGCACCAGGAAAGUCAGAAAAACCUCAGUAACCUGGGUGUUGGUUAGUCUGUGUGUAUCAAUGUUGAUCUUCAACCUCUUCUUCGUGUUUGGAAUUGAAAACUCCAAUAAGAACAUAAAGACAAGUAACAGUGAUGUCAAUAAUGACUUGAGUGAUAAUGUAAUGCUCAGACAAGACACUGUGGUCAUCUCGAAUCCCAAGUGCACUGCAAUUGCUAUCUUACUGCACUAUUUUGGGUUAGCGACCUUUGUCUGGAUGGGACUCAGUGCUGCCCAGCUCUGUUUCCUUCUAAUUAGGACCAUGAAGCCUCUUCCUCGGCAUUUCAUCCUUUCUAACUCUUUAAUUGGAUGGGGAGUCCCGGCUAUAGUGGUAGCUGUGACAGUGGGAAUUAUUUGUUCUCAGAAUGGAAAUAAUUCACAGUGGGAGUUAGACUACCGGCAAGAGGAAAUCUGCUGGCUGGCAACUCAAGGAAGCAGCGGUUUGAUAGCAAGUCCAUUGUUGUGGUCAUUCAUUGUACCUGUGACCCUUAUCCUCAUCAGCAACAUUGUUAUAUUUAUUAUCAUUGUAGUUCAAGUACUGUGGAAGAAUAAUCAGAAUCUGACAAGCACAAAGAAGGUUUCAUCCCUAAAGAAGAUUCUUAGCACAUUAUCUGUUGCAGUCGUCUUUGGAAUUACCUGGAUUCUGGCAUACUUCAUGCUAACUGAUAAUGAUAACAUCAGGGUCAUCUUCAGCUACAUAUUCUGCCUUUUCAACACAACUCAGGGAUUGCAAAUUUUUAUCCUCUACACUGUGAGAACAAAAAUCUUCCAGAGCAAAGCUUCCGAAGUGUUGAAGUCAUUGUCGUCCACCGCUGGGAGAGUGAAGGUGCUGCCGUCAAAGCCACUGAGGCUGCGUGUGAGGAUGUAUAACAUGAUCAGGUCAUUUCCAGCCCUAAAUGAACGGUUUAGGCUGCUGGAGCCUUCCGCACUUACCGAGGAGAUGUCUGAGAGCGAUCAAGUAAACCCAAGCACCUAG